UCUAAAUUUUAGGGAGUUGAGUGUAAUUUACCAUUGUUUAACGUAUUUCUCUGAGUUGUGUAAUGGAGGCCAACGUCAUAUCUCCGUCUUGUUUCUGCUGCAGGAAGAGAGACGCCUUCCCACUCUCUCUCUAUAUCUCUCUCCAAUUUUAAAAUUCUCUCUAUAUCUAUCUCUUUAUUUGUCUGCACAUACACGAUGAUCAAUCGAAAAAUAGCGCAGAAGGGCGAGAUCAAAACCCUAAUUUAGCCUUUCGUUCCGGUGAUUCUCUCUCUCGGUCGAUACUUCUCUGAUCCAGGUAGUUUCCUACAACAAAACCCUAGUUUCUGACCUGACUAUAUUAGAACAGGAGCGACAAAGCCACCGUAGAAUUACGCUCAUUUCGGUACUAACUCAAAGCGUUACGUUUAUUUGCUUAAUUUGACGAUCUAUGUAGUGGGUGAUUCGAGAUUCGAGUUCUUAUUAGGGCAAAAAAGGAGCGAUUUCCUGUAUGUAUAUGUGAUUUCAGAUCGAAUUUUUGAUGAAAAGGGUAAUUAGAGGCCAAUAAUGUCUGGGAAAUUGUGUUGCUUGGUUUUAUUGUAGAAGAUUGUAGAUUGCGUUGGAUCGGUGUUUUGGGCAGCUGAAUUUCAGAUUGUAAAGGUAGUGGUGUUAGCUUUGUUCUAUUAUUGUUAGAUGAGGUUUUUAGCUUUGAAUCAGCAAACAUUAUAUAAUUGGUGAUUGGUGUUUUGAUCAAAUCAUGUAUUGGUUCUCUUCACUGUUUUGAACCGGAAUAGCAUUACAAUUGUUAGUGACUAAAAUUGGUGGAGACACGAAUGUCUCAGGUGAUAAAAAUGGUAAUAUGAGUUCUGGAUAUUGUUUGUUGGACGUGGGGUUGCUUUGUUGAAUUUGCAUACGGUGAGUGGUGGGUUGAGACCGUGUGGUUCAUCACAUUGCGGGGAAAUCAUUUCAACAAGUAUUGCAGAAUGAGCUUGGAAAGUGAAAUUCAAAGCUCUCCUGACAGGGCUACUGAAUCAUUUUGCGAAUCCGAGAAGCAUUCCAAAAUUUCAUAUACCAGAGAUUUUCUUUUGUCAUUAAGCGAGUUAGAUGUUUGCAAAAAGUUACCAAGUGGAUUCGACCAAUCAAUACUGAGUGAAUUUGAGGAUGUCUCCCAUGGCGUACAGGACCGUCAAAGAAUACCUGGUACCUUAAGUUUCAGGCGCACUGAAUAUGGCUCGCCCCCACCGUCCAGGGGGGAUUCAAGUAAUUAUUCCCGGGGAGUAUAUGGAAGAUGGGACAAUCGAUUGUCUGGACGGAGUGAUAAAGACAGUGACUCGCAAUCUGAUAGGGAUUCAGAGUCUGCAAGGCGUUAUGGCAACAAAUCUCAGCAGUCUUAUCAAAAUUCUGAGCAUGAUGGGCUUCUUGGGAGUGGUUCUUUUCCAAGACCAUCUGGAUAUGCAGCAGGGUUGUCAGCUCCAAAGGUUCGAUCUAAUGAUCAGUCCCAGCUGAACAGGAGUAACGAGCCAUAUCAGCCUCCCCGCCCUUAUAAGGCGGUACCUCACUCACGGAGAAGCACCAAUGACUCAUUCAAUGAUGAAACAUUUGGUUCUACAGAUUAUACAAGUCAGGAUAAAGCAGAAGAGGAAAGAAGGAGAAGGGUUUCGUUUGAGUUGAUGAGGAAGGAACAGCAAAAAGCACUUCAAGAGAAGCAGAACUUGAGCUUAGAUAAGCAUAAAAGUGACCUUCUCUCAGAUUUUACUGAAUUACUGGAAGAUACUAAAGAUGGAGCAAGAGGUUUCAAUCGAAGCAACAAAUUGGAUGAGUUUGUAAAGCAAUCAGUUUUAAAUGAUGAUUAUAGCAAAUCUUCUUCACAAACUCCUGCAUUUAGACCACUGGUACCCCCGGGAUUUAGAAGCACAGUUUUGGAGAAGAAUUCUAGCCCUAGAUCUUUAACCCAUUCCCAUUCAGCAGAGGUUGGUGGGAGACUUGAAAUUGAGGAAAGUCUUUCUCAUGCCAAAGCAAUUGUGCAAAAUGGCUCUCUUGAUAAUCAAGAAGAGGCACAAUCAGUCCAGAAAAUGGAUUUCAGAGAGAAGCAGCACGAAGAUACAAGUUUCCACACACCCAAUCUUAAUAAGGUUGAACAGGUUGUGGAUUCAUCAGCAGAAAUAGAAGUUUCUAAUAAGAAACUUGGUAUGGACAACCAAUUAUACAGGACUUCUAGUCUUUCAGAAGCCUCUGAAACCCUGGAUGGUAGUGAAAUUAUUGAGUUUGAAACUAAGAUGACAGGGAAUAAAAUUGUUAUUGAUUCCAAACAGGAUCAUUCGAUGUCAAUUCUAGAAAAGCUUUUUAAUAGUGCUUUAACGGUGAAUCUCAGUGGAUCCUCAGGUUUUGUAGAGCAUCAUGAUAGUGAACGAGAUGACACACGGAGCCCCAAUGCUGUACAGUCUUCCAAGUUUGCUCAUUGGUUUCUUGAAGAUGAAAAGAAGGCAGCCGAAGAUCCCUCAUAUGCUAAGCCAAGUGACUUGCUAUCAUUAAUUGUUGGUGGUGAGAAAGGUGGAUCCCAAGUCUCUGAUGUGAAACCAACCCACAUUCUACCAGACAUUACCUUGCAUAAUUUAGAACAUGCCAACAGAUAUAUGACAUCUUCCCCAAUUGGACUCUCAGAACAGUUCUACAAUUCCAGUAAAGAAGAGGCAGUUUCAUCAAUCCUAACAUGCGAAGAUCUUGAACAGACUAUUCUGUCUGAAUAUAGUGAAAGUAGUUCAACUUUGCAGGCAUCUGGUGGAGGCUGGAGUGUUUCUGGUGCAAAGACUGAAGAAUCGAAAGCAGAUAUUGAUGAUCGUGCUUCUCAACACCUCCUGUCUUUGUUGCAGAAGGGAACAACAGGCUUGAAAGAUAUUGCACAAUCCCCUAAUCUAGACAGCAGAUCCUCUGACAAACUACAUAUUUCUGAAGGUGCAAUUGUUGGCACUUCCCUUAACUCUAGAGAGGAAAAGGCCGAUAGUAUUCCCCAUUCUGGGAAGAAUCUGACACUUGAAACACUCUUUGGGUCUGCUUUCAUGAAGGAGCUGCAAUCAGCCGAAGCACCAGUUUCCAUCCAAAGGGGCUCGGUUGGUUCUGCAGGAAUCGAUAUUUCAGAACAGCAAGGAUUACCUUUUGGAAUCAUGGGUGAUACUCUCUUCCCAACUUCCACAGUUGGAAUUGAAUCUAACAGGAGCAAUCAUGAAAGCAAUGUUCUGCAAUCAAGUCAGGGACAGCAAACUAAGUCAGAUAAAAUUGAAAGCUGGUUGGGGUUUAAUGAUACUCAAGUUGAAGUGGAUCGAUCAAAACACGGAACCAGUGUAGUGUCUAAGCUCGGUGGCUUUGAUGGGGCAGUUGAUAUUCAGCUGCCUGAAGAAGAGAGCUUGAUUACAGUUGGUGAUCCUGUGAAUAACACCCCUUUUUCCAUGUUCAUGUCUGCUGGAAACUCAACAAAAGGCGAAUUGCUAUCCUCAAACAAACCGGUUGACAUAGUUGAGAAGCUGGCAGCUCUUAAUUCAGUUUUCAAGGAUGAACGAGCUAUGGUAGGUUGGGAAGGUACCCCUUUUGUUCGUGGUCCUUAUAAUCCAAUGGAACCUGAGAUUCCAUACCGCAAUCUUCGUGCCCAACCAUCAUCUCAAUUUCAUCCCCAUCAGAUGAAUCCCGGGAGGCCAUUUUUCCGUCCAUUAGAUUCCCAUCCCACUCAUCCUAAUUCCCAGAUGAAUUUCAUGGUUCCAGAGGGCAAUAACCGUCAAGAUGCCCCUGCGAAUCAUCAAUUUCGUGCAAAUAUGUUGCGACCUCCUUUCCAUCAUCCAAAUCCUAACACAGGGCGAGGAGGUUUCGAGCUUCCUCAUCAUCAUCCUAUGUUACAGCAAAUGCAAGCGCCAGGCAAUUUUCCUCCACAUCAUCUACUACGAGAAUUUCCCAGGGGUGGUCCGCUGGCUCCUCACCCAAGCAAUCAGGCAACUGGUUUUAUGCAGGAACUAAACCCGAUGCAAGGUUUUCCUUUUCGUCAUCAGCAACCCAACUUCGGUGGCCCUGGAAUGUCUUUGCCAGGUCCUGAUGUUAGUGGUGGAAGCAAUCAUCCGGAGGCGUUCCAAAGGCUUCUUGAGAUGGAACUCCGAGCAAAUUCAAAGCAGAUUCACCCUUUUGCUGCUGUUGGCCACAGCCAGGGAAUGUAUGGUCAUGAAUUAGACUUGGGCUUUCGACACAGAUAGAGUGGAUCAUUGUGGCAACUGAUGGAGUCCCACUAAUGCGUGUUUUAGAUGGAAAAGAUUGAAUGGGGGUAGUGCAAUUAAUGGAUUUUAUUUGCCAUAGUUACGGGAUUGAGAGUUUGGGUUUGUUCCUUCAUGAUUUGAAAACCGAACAAAAUUGGGAAGAAAAAAAAGAAAGUAAAGAUGGGGAAAUGUUGUGUAAAAGCAUUUCGUGCUUGUGGUGAGUAAUCUGUUUGCAGCACUGUUCAGAAGCUUGGAGUAUAAGCACGGUGUGGUAUGUCGACACUUGACACUGCUUUUAUCAUGGUCUUUAGCUUAUAUACAACAGUAACAUUUCAUUCUGUUAGGUGUCGUUUGGUAAUGUAUGUUCUUUUUUCAACUAGUAUAUUAUGAAUCCACAUAGUUCAUCUUAUAAUUGGGUCA